UGCGUUGAAAUGACGUCCGCAGUUUAUUUAGAACACUAUUUAGACAGUCUUGAACAUUUACCCACGGAAUUACAACGCAAUUUUACUUUGAUGAGAGACUUAGACACAAGAGCCCAAGGAUUAAUGAAAAACCUUGACUCUAUUGCUGAUAACUUCCUGAGAAACCAAAAGACACUGACACCAGAGCAAAGAAAAGAGAAAUUAGAUAAAAUACAAGCACUAUUCAAUAAAGCUAAGGAAUAUGGUGAUGACAAGGUGCAGCUAGCAAUACAAACUUACGAACUAGUUGACAAACACAUUCGUAGAUUAGACAACGAUCUAGCAAGAUUUGAAUCAGAAAUUCAAGAUAAAGCUCUCAAUGCAAGAAACCAGGAGGAACCUACAGUUGGCAAAAGGGGUAGAAAGAAAUUUAAAGAUGGUAAAGUGGAGAAGAAAAAACGACCUGGGAAUUCCAGCGAGGAAGAUUCUACUGGUACAGUCAAGGGAAGUAAAAAGAAAAAGCAAAAAGGUGCUGGCGCAACUGGUGCCUCUGGAGCUAAGAUAGUCAGUGGUGCCAAAGCUGCUGCAGUUGCGGAAGCUGUAGCAGCAGUUUUACCUGGUUUAGCGGGAAUAGCACAUCCCAGUGAUGUUUUAGAUAUGCCUGUGGAUCCAAAUGAACCUACUUAUUGCCUUUGUCAUCAAGUUUCAUAUGGCGAAAUGAUUGGUUGUGAUAAUCCAGAUUGUCCUAUAGAGUGGUUCCAUUUCGCUUGUGUUGGCUUGACGACUAAGCCGAAGGGAAAGUGGUAUUGCCCAAAAUGUACUCAAGAUAGAAAGAAAAAAUAGUUAGUACUAGAAACAGAUAGAUGUCAUUCCAUUAUAAUUAAUUUACAUCUGUAACACAGGUUUCAUAGAUAUUUUUAAACGAGAUAAAAUAUAGUGGUUGUGAAGAUGCGACUGCUUCCACACCU